UUCCUUCGCGAAACGGGCAUGGAAGUGCUCGGGUGUCCUGCUCCAGAAUAUGCUAUAGUUCACUGCACUCUCGUGAAAUUGUUCAUUAACGCAUUGACUUUCAGCAGCCAAUAUGGCUCAAGCGAAAAUGAACGUCAAAAUGAACGAAGCGUCUAAAGGCAAAUUCAGCCGAACCAUUUCAAUGGCGUACCGGUCUGGACGCCUACUGGAAAAUCUGGAUCAAAUCGAAAUGAGGGUGGAGGCUCUUCGUGAGGCAGCCACUGCUAUGGAGCAAGAGAGAGAGUGUUUAAUUGAGAUCAUCCAAUCGAUACAAAACAGUCAGCAAAUGAGGACCAUUUGUGACGGGGAAAGGGAAGAGCUCUCACUGACUGCCAGUAGACUUAUGGGCAGGACAUUAACAGUGAGUGUUUCUGUUGAUACGAUCCGAAACCCCCAACAGGAAGAGGCCUUGAAUAAAGCCACAGCCAUUAUUGAUGAAAUCGCAUCUCAAGUGCUUGAUAAUAUGGAGGGGGCACAAACGAGGCUGCAGGCUCUUCAUACAGCAUGUGUGACUGAAGCAACAGCUGUGCCCAUUGAUCAGAAGUUUCAGAGUGUCGUGAUCAGCUGUUCCCUGGAAGACCAGAAGAAAAUAAAGCAGCGCCUGGAGACCCUCAUCAGGAACAUGGACAAUGCUGAGAAAACUAUUAGAAUCAUGGAUAAGCAGAAAGUUGAUCAUUCCAGUCUUGUCAAUGGCAAUAGUGGAUGAGGGGAAUCACAAUGGUGCAUUUUGGAAUGCCACCCAAGUGCCUUUUUUAGCUUUGAGGAAGACCACAUGUGCCACAGAACACAAUUAAUUAAUGUCUUCCAUAUUUACAGGUUUUAUGACAACUGAUUGUGUCUUGAUCAUAUCCAUAUUGGGUGGGAUGUUUCUUCAACAACUCUUAUGUCCUAGGGCUUUAUUUAUUUGUUAAACUUUUUAUUAUAUGAGGGAAGCAUUUAACUUUUUGGUACUUUUCAAAUGCCUUUUGGAUAGAUUUGAUUAUUUAACCCAAUCAGUCUGAAAAUAACAAAAAUAUGUAUAAAACCUCUCUACUAUGAUUAUGAUAGUCUAAAAAAAUGUGAAAUAAAUAUAAGACAUUUCAAUAUAAUAUAUUGAUAAUAUUGAUAUAUUGAUUACAAAAAAAAUCAACUCCGUCCUCGUUUUUAUAUAUACACUAUAUUGCCAAAAGUAUUCGCUCACCCAUCCAAAUAAUUGAAUUCAGGUGUUCCAAUCACUUCCAUGGCCACAGGUGUAUAAAAUGAAGCACCUAGGCAUGCAGACUGCUUCUACAAACAUUUGUGAAAGAAUGGGCCGCUCUCAGGAGCUCAGUGAAUUCCAACGUGGUACUGUGAUAGGAUGCACCUGUGCAACAAGUCCAGUCGUGAAAUUUCCUCGCUACUAAAUAUUCCACAGUCAACUGUCAGUGGUAUUAUAACAAAGUGGAAGCAAUUGGGAAUGACAGCAACUCAACCACGAAGUGGUAGGCCACGUAAAAUGACAGAGCAGGGUCAGCGGAUGCUGAGGCGCAUAGUGCGCAGAGGUCGCCAACUUUCUGCAGAGUCAAUCGCUACAGACCUCCAAAGUUGUGGCCUUCAGAUUAGCUCAAGAACAGUGCGUAGAGAGCUUCAUGGAAUGGGUUUCCAUGGCCAAGCAGCUGCAUCCAAGCCAUACAUCACCAAGUGCAAUGCAAAGUGUCGGAUGCAGUGGUGUAAAGCACACCGCCACUGGACUCUAGAGCAGUGGAGACGCGUUCUCUGGAGUGACGAAUCACGCUUCUCCAUCUGGCAAUCUGAUGGAUGAGUCUGGGUUUGGCGGUUGCCAGGAGAACGGUACUUGUCUGACUGCAUUGUGCCAACUGUGAAGUUUGGUGGAGGGGGAAUUAUGGUGUGGGGUUGUUUUUCAGGAGCUGGGCUUGGCCCCUUAGUUCCAGUGAAAGGAACUCUGAAUGCUUCAGCAUACCAAGAGAUUUUGGACAAUUCCAUGCUCCCAACUUUGUGGGAACAGUUUGGGGAUGGCCCCUUCCUGUUCCAACAUGACUGCACACCAGUGCACAAAGCAAGGUCCAUAAAGACAUGGAUGAGCGAGUUUGGUGUGGAAGAACUUGACUGGCCUGCACAGAGUCCUGACCUCAACCCGAUAGAGCACCUUUGGGAUGAAUUAGAGCGAAGACUGCGAGCCAGGCCUUCUCAUCCAACAUCAGUGUCUGACCUCACAAAUGCGCUUCUGGAAGAAUGGUCAAAAAUUCCCAUAAACACACUCCUAAACCUUGUGGAAAGCCUUUCCAGAAGAGUUGAAGCUGUUAUAGCUGCAAAGGGUGGGCCGACGUCAUAUUAAACCCUAUGGAUUAAGAAUGGGAUGUCACUUAAGUUCAUAUGCGUCUAAAGGCAGAUGAGCGAAUACUUUUGGCAAUAUAGUGUGUAUAUAUAUAUAUAUAUAUAUAUAUAUAUAUAUAUAUAUAUAUAUAUAUAUAUAAGAAGAAAAAAA